GCUCCAAGCUUCCUUCCAAAACAGUGGCACGCAGGACAACCCCGCGUACUCAAAUACACUCGUUCAAUAAUCUCUCCACUCGCAACCUUCGUGAAAUUGUCCCAUAUGCCCCCUAACAAUACCCACAAUGCGACUGCCGACCUCAAACAGGAGACCUCAGUCGCCCGCUUAGACCUCCGCGAUGCAACCCCAAAAGAUCCUACAGCACCCCAAGAACCACAAACAACUCAGGAAUCACAAGCGGCCAAAGAAUCUUAUGCCGACUACAUCAAGAAUCUGCCACCGCCAUUCUGGGCGACCAAGACACCACAGACGAGAGCAGCGAGCGACGAGACAAGAGCAGCGAGCGACGAGGCGAUCGCGGCCAGAAUCAACGCUGUAUGUGCGCCAGUGACAGCCGAGCAGCGCGAAGAAGAUGAGCGUCUAAAAGCUAUGUCCUGGCUCGAGCGGUGGCGUGACCGCAAGGCGAGACAAAAGGCUAAAGAGAAGAAUAAAGACCCCGAUUUAAGACCUGUAGAAAGGGGGAGCCGAGCACAGCUGAAUGUCUUUGGUGUUAAUAUUAGGGAGAAGCAGGGGAAGCGGUAACGUGUCUACACAAGAAAUGUGCUGUAAAUUACAUAGGACAUUACACAACUACAGAAGAAAACAA